CUGCUGUAUGUUCAGUGCCUGCCUGGUUUCUGGUUUCUCCCCUUCCCUCCUCGACCUCUCUUCCAGCUUCCAACGCAGCUCAUCACCAGACACCACUACUUCCCCAGUUCCCCUCACCGUCCCUGCGCUCCAUCGUCUUUGGUGUCCAUAGCUUUAAAUACGACCACGAAGCCGGUGCGGCGACUCGGCGAUCUCUCCAUCACUGCUGCGGUGCUGCCUAGCUACCUUCUCGGCCUCGGGUGGGGGCGGCAUUGUCGGUCCAGACUCCAGAGCGCGCUGCUUCCGGAGCUGGCCGCUUGCGCUGAGCCCUCUGCCGGAGGCAAUGAGGAGCGGCCGUGCCUGCUCCGCUCUCGCGUCGCUCCUGCUGCUGUGGCUGGGCGUCGCCGCCGCGCAGAAGGCCUCGUCCUGGAAGACAUUGAGCGGCAAGGCUCCAGCAAUCGUAGCCAAGGGUGGAUUCUCCGGGUUAUUCCCUGAUUCAAGCGAAUACGCUUAUCAAUUUGCGCUGCUCGCUAGCUCGCCGGAUACGAUACUGUACUGCGAUGUGCGGCUGACCAAGGAUGAGAUUGGCAUUUGCCUGCCGGACAUCAAGAUGGAUAACUGCACGAACAUUCCAGAUUUCUAUGCGCAGGGUCAGAAGAGCUACCUCGUCAAUGGCGUGCCUACUUCGGGAUGGUUCUCGGUGGACUACAAUGGCACUGAGCUUGAACAAGUGACUCUCAAGCAAUCAAUCAAUUCUCGGACACCCAGAUUUGAUUCAAGUUUCUUUCCACUACUUGCUGUUGAAGAUGUGCAGUCCAAAUUCAAACCUUCUGGAAUUUGGCUCAAUGUUCAGCAUGACAGUUUCUACAGCCAGUUCAAUCUAAGCAUGAGGAAUUAUAUCAUUUCUGUAUCUAAGCGUGUUGUUGUCAAUUAUAUCUCAUCGCCUGAAGUGAGCUUCCUCACCAGCCUACUUGGAAGAAUUAGCAACAAAACGAAGCUUGUGUUCCGCUUUCUUGACGAGAGCAGUCUCGAGCCAUCUACGAACCAGACAUAUGGUUCCAUGUUGAAAAAUCUUACAUUUGUCAGUACAUUUGCAUCUGGUAUACUUGUCCCAAAGGGCUAUAUUUGGCCUCAUUCACCAGACAAUUAUCUGCAACAAUACACUUCAGUUGUCGAUGAUGCUCAUAAAGCGGGGUUGGAAAUUUAUGCUGCUGAUUUUGCGAAUGAUUUUGUGGUCAGUUACAACCACAGCUACGAUCCCUUGGCAGAAUAUCUCUCGUUCAUUGAUAAUGAUGUCUUCUCAGUUGAUGGUGUAUUGACUGAUUUCCCUAUCACAGCAUCAGAGGCAAUUGGGUGUUUUACCAAUUUAAACAAAAGCAACACUGAUCAUGGAAAGCCUUUAAUUAUUUCCCACAAUGGUGCUAGUGGGGAUUACCCUGGGUGCACUGAUCUAGCUUAUCAGAAAGCAGUUGAUGAUGGCGCAGAUGUCAUUGAUUGCCCCGUUCAAGUGACCAAAGACGGAAUACCAAUAUGCAUGAGUUCCAUUGACCUGAUGAACGAUACUACUGUUGCAAGAUCACAAUUUAUCUCUCAGACUGCCACGAUAAAGGAUAUUCAGAUUGCACAAGGGGUUUUUACUUUUAAUCUCACCUGGGAUGACAUUGUAAACAACCUGCAGCCCAAAAUAUCCACCCCAUGGUACUCCUUCAGAUUGGACCGAAAUCCGAGAUAUAGGAAUGCAGGAAAGUUCAUGAGGCUAUCAGACUUUCUGGACUUCACAAAAGACAAAGAUUUGUAUGGAAUCAUGAUCAGUGUAGAGCAUGCUGCGUUCAUGGCAGGGGAACUUGGGUUCGACAUGGUGGAUAAAGUUAUCAAAGCCCUUGACGACGCUGGUUACCAUGACCAAACUGCCCAGAAAGUUAUGGUCCAGUCAACCGACAGUUCGGUUCUGGAGAAGUUCAAGGAGCAAACGAAGUACGACCUUGUGUACAUGGUCAACAAAAAGGUCGGGGACGCUGCGUCGUCCUCGCUUGUGGACAUUAAAAGGUUCGCUAGCGCCGUGUCCGUUGAUACCGGCUCCGUCUUCCCUGAGACCCACUACUUCACAGUGUACGAAACCAACCUUGUCCAGACACUGCAGACGGCUGGCCUCUCGGUCUACGUCUACACUCUUAUGAACGAGUUUCUGUCUCAGCCAUACGACUUCUUCUCGGAUGCUACAGCGCAGAUCAAUGCCUAUGUUAAGGGUGCUCUGGUGGAUGGGCUAAUCACAGAUUUCCCUGCUACGGCUCGAAGGUACAAGGUGAACAGCUGCAUGAACAUGGGGAACAGCACACCGAAUUUCAUGGCCCCUGCUCGUCCGGGUGAUCUCAUGCAAAGCAUCAGCAAGAGCGCGCAGCCACCAGCUUUGGCUCCCGUUCCACCCUUGACUGGUUCCGACGUGGCGGAGCCGCCUUUACCUCCUGCGAGAUCGAACAGCAGCACAGCUCCGACGCAAUCACUCGCGAGCAGGACGCGUGCUUGCGCUGCUCACAUCCCAGCCCUGGCCUCACUGGCAAUGCUUUGCGCCUGGCUUUCCCUGGUAUGAGCUUGCAGUGCAGGCCGCCCUAGCUCCGUCGCUCGACUGCUCGAGCUGGACCGCCGAUCCACUCAUCGGAUGUUCUUCUCCACCCAUAGCAGUAGCUCAUUUGUUCAGUGAAUUUGCAUCUACGGGCUUGUGCGGAAUGCGUACGACACUUCUGUGUGAGCUAUCACUAUUCACUACUGACGUUUCAGUACAUAUAUGUUGGAUUGGAUGGGUAAUAUAUUGCCUACUUCUCAAGGCUAUUGAUUAUGUAUUCACAAAGAAAAGGCUAUGAUCAAGGUGUAAGCGACUCAUAUUGCAUUGUUCUAUGCAAGAUGAGCCUAUGGCCGUGACUUUC